AUGAUCGCCCUUUCGCUUGCGCUCGGCUCUCGCAAGAUCCUCACAGAGAGAAUUUGCAUCGCUAUGUCAGACGUGGUGAGCAAUGCCUGGGAACCUUGGGAAAGGAGGCAGCUGGAGUUUACUCAGCUCAUGGUCUUUGAAGCUUCCGAUGGCCAGACUCCGCCCACUGUGGCAGCCUUGAAAACAUGUGACUACCUGGAGCUGGAGAACAAGGACCCGAUUGCUUGCGUUCAUGCAGACUGGUCUCACAGGGUGCUAAAGCGAAAGAAGCUGGAGGUGGGAGUUCUUUGUGAAGGACCUUUACUGUUUGAUGCUGCAAAUGCUGACGGUGCCUGCACAUGGGCGGCCGCUGCACAAAAGAUAGUCGUGGCCAUCCGUGGUGAGGAGGAGUUUGAAUCCAUGGCACGCAGGGCAGAGGCCUCUGGUGCUGUAGGGCUCGUGGUGGUAGACAACGAAGAUGUUUUCGACGACGACUUUGAGAUGGCUUCGGAGGACCCACAUCGUCCACUAUCAGUGCCCGCAGUUUUGGCGCCGAAAGCCUACAAAGAUUUGCUCUGUGCCAAAGCGAAGGAAGCGCGAGUAGUACGAAGGUAUCAUCGCACACCAUCACCUGCCGAUGCGCGGAUGCUGCAAUUCUUGCGGCUUAGAGGGGUUGAGGUCAACCUGAAGAUGAACUAAGGUUGUCAUGGUUCUCGUCACCCUCGAACCAUGCUUUCACCUGGAAAAAAGGCACCAGCCGUCGCCUGAAGAGUGCAAACACAUAUUAGCAGUGUUCCAUAGUUA